UGAAAAAGAUGGAUAUAAUGACGGAAUGGGUUUAUUUGAAAGAAAGAGUCACACAUUCGGUUUCGAUGAAGGGAAUCCGGAUAUUCAUGGUGAAAUACUUCGCCCAUGUCAAGUGUACGACACAUUUUGUAUUCGAAAGUUCUUUGCGGAACACUCAGAAUGCAGGAUCUCUGGAAGGGCGGUGCCUGAUCCUUUAUAUAGAGCUCAAGGCAGCAUUCAUUUUGCCAGUAACAACAUGUCGAACACCCAGAUUACUGCUGAUUACGGUGGAUUGAACAACGCCAGAAUUUCCGAGUUUUAUAUCAACAAUGUAACAGACAACUUGGUGAUUGCAGUCACAUUCGACAGUGCGUCAAAGUAUUCCAACAAUACGUACUUUAAGUAUUAUCUCAGAGGUAGAGAGCCUGUGGUUACAAGAGACUUUGGAGGAAUACAAUACGGAGUGUUGACCGUAACUGUAAUAAUACCCCACAUACACAAUCUGAUACUGGAUCGGUCUGAAAUAUAUACGUACGGAGACACCAAUGUUUUUCCAUUUGCUCUCGGACCCCAGAUUGGAACAAGUACAGAUCCUGAAGUCACCUCCAUGUAUGCUCGUUUCUUCACUAACAUUCCAUCGGAGUAUCAAGAAGAGAUAUCCAAUCAAGGAAUUUACUUUGUUGGAAACUACAUCCAAUACAAUAUUUGUGACUUUGGUGUUAAAGUAUUGUAAUGUCUUUUUCAUUAAAUCUGAUAUAACUGUACAACUUUUGAGUCUUUUAUAAAGAUUGACGUAGGACUAGAAUUUUAAAUUUGGUAACCGCUGAAGUAUGUUGGUACGCGAUAAUAAAUAGAAUCAGGCGUUACUUUGCGGAAAUCCAUACUAAUUACAACAAAAGUAUAACUUUGCUAAUCCGCAAAAAGAUAACGUGCUAGUCAAUCAGUGCCAUCCCGUUAUACUAGGGGGAGUGGCCAAGGUAUAAAUAUGGCCAACCAUUCUAGAGAGCUCAUUCAGUUGUCGGACGUCAGACCGUCAAUAUCUCCUGAGGAUGCCUUGUAGAGAGGCGAAACAAGUGACGAGUUUUGUACUUUUGGUUAUGAUUUGUUAUAUUUAUUUAUGGGAGGGUGGGAACAUUAAUUGCAUGAAAAAAAUACGCAAGCAAUUAUAACGUGGUGGGCACUGAUUAACUAGCACCGUUAUCUUUUCGCGGAUUAGCAAAGUCAUAUUUUUGAUUUAAUUGGUACGCGACCUUAUUUCCAUGGUAACACAAAUGUGUUACGAUAUACUUGGCCACUGUGGCCUGUACUGUCGUAUCAUGACAAUAUCGUCAAUAUUAAAAUUUCAACAAAUCGUAAAAUCUGAAUUCUGCCCCCGUAAAUACACUCUAUCAUAUAAUGGAAUCUUAUCAAUUCCUGCUUAUAUUAUUCGUAUUUAAUGCGGAAGCUGUGUGUUGUGAAUGGAAAUGAUGGAUCGCGUCUUACGAAGUUUACUUUGAAUCUCGAAUGAUGAAAUAUCGACGACGAUGAUGUAUCGACGAUUUUAUUCCGCGUUUUAUGCGGUAUUUUGAUUUAUUUAUGCAGGCUUUAGAAAAAAACAGUUAUUUUUCAAUGUCUUGGAGUACGUAAAUGGACAAAGAAACGAAAUAAUCAAA